AUGUGAAAGCUGUUUUCAGUCUUCUAAAUUGUUAAUUCGGUUCGGUUCAAUUUCAAUUUUCAACCAGUUUCUUCUUCUCUCAAAACUGGUAGCUGUAUCUUGCAAUCAACCAUCGUAUCUUGCAAUGAACCCUCGUGAGCAUCCUUUUUGGGGGUGCCUCAGUAAGCCCACACUCCUCGUCUCUUUUCUCCUCCUCCUGAUUCUCUCCGUCAUUUCCUCCUCAAACCAGCGUUCUUUCCCUUCCUUCAACUACUCACAUUCCUCUUCUUCCUUUGGAUUUCCUUCCGCUUGCGAUUUCACCAAGGGCGAAUGGGUUCGCGAUCCGGACCCCCCACGCUACACGAACACGACCUGCUUCGCGAUCCAGGAGCACCAGAACUGCAUGAAGUACGGGCGGCCGGACACCGAGUUUUUGAAGUGGCGGUGGAGGCCGGCGGCCUGCGAGCUGCCGCGGCUCGACCCGGCGCGCUUCCUGGAGACGGUGAGAGGGCGGUCCAUGGCGUUCGUCGGCGACUCCUUGGCUCGGAACCACAUGCAGUCCUUGUUGUGCCUCUUGUCCAAGGCGGAGCGCCCAAAAGAUGUCUCCAAAACCGGCGACGACUACUUCAAGCAGAUGCUCUACUCCACCUACAACUUCACCGUCGCCGUGUUCUGGUCCAGGUUCCUCGUCAACGCCGAACAGGCCGACCCCGACGGCCCCACUCACACCGGUCUGUGGAAUCUCUACCUCGAUGAACUCGACGACGCUUGGGCGUCCCAGAUCGGCCUUUUCGACUACAUCGUCCUCUCCGCCGGCAACUGGUUCAACCGCCCCUCCGUCUUCUUCGAACGCCGCCGCCUCGUCGGCUGCAACAACUGCCUUCUCCCCAACGUCACCGACCUCACGAAGAGGUAUUCGCAGCGGAUGGCCUUCCGCACCGUGCUCCGCGCCCUGGCCGGCGGCCACGGCGGCUUCCGCGGAACGGUCUAUAUGCGGACGCUCUCCCCGACGCACUUCGAGAACGGGACGUGGAACGGCGGCGGCGACUGCGUGCGGACGCGGCCGCUGGCCGGCGGGGAGGCGAGGCUGGAGGGGCUGCAACGGGAGUACUACGAGGCGCAGUUGGAGGAGUUUCGGGCGGCGGAGAAGAUGGCGGCGAGGGGGAAGGGCGUGAGGAUGAGGUUGCUAGACACGACGGCGGCGAUGUUGGCUAGGGCGGACGGGCACCCGAGUAGGUACGGGCAUUGGGCGCACGAGAAUGUGACCUUGUACAACGACUGCGUGCAUUGGUGCUUGCCGGGGCCGAUCGACAUUUGGAACGACUUCUUGUUUGCGGUGCUGCAAUGAACGGGAUUGUUUUUGAUUUCUCGAUGAAAAAAAACAAAAAACUUGGCUUUUUUUUUUUGUUUUCACACACUCGAUCCAU